AACAGAGUACACUCAUCGACGACCGAACCCACGCUUACCCUACAACGCUGCAAGCCCAAGUAAGGUGGACAUACUACGUGGCGGCUCUUCCAUUACAAUGACCUCAGGUUCCCUCGUCGGUGACGUUGGCUUCAUUGGCGGAUGCUCAUGGCUACGGCGAUAUGGAGGUGCCUCUGAACGACCUUAUCGCUGGAAGGCGCUCGUGGCGGUGCCAUGGUCUCACCUACUGGGAAUGACCGUGGUGGCGCUGUCGCGGAAUGGCAAGGCUGCGAACGCGACGAAAGUGGCGGAUACUCACGUCACACGCUCGCUACCAUCGACGGCACAUGUACGCGCGCCUCCUGCUACAUGGCUGCAAUGAGCGAUUGCCUAAAGGAACUCGUUCGAACUCAACAAAGCCCGUUGGCGAAUCUUGCAAGCCUAAUCAAAGACCAGUCUCCUUUUGUCUACGCCAGCAUGCUUCGUUCACGCGUUGCUACUAUCCAGGAUCAGUAGCCAGGAAAGAAGCAACAAUUCCAAGCGCGCCAUGCGCCAUGCAAGCAAUCAACAUCUGUAACUUCCCGUUUUCGCUGCCAAGGUAACUGCGCCGCUUCAGCCGAGGCCUAGAGUAGCCGACGCC